AUGGCCCCGGAUUGGAAGUUGCUCUACCUCUACGGAGGUGAUAGCCCUUGGGACUCGAGUCUCUGGGUCGACUCUGACGACAGAGUCCGCGGCGGCAUGAGCCAGUCUCACCUGCACUGCGAGUCUCCCGAAAAGGCAAAGUUCUUCGGCAACCUGGACAUCACCACCCUGGGAGGAGCCGGCUUCGCGUCUCAGAGGACCCUCGGCACGCUCCACCUCGACCUGAGCGAGUACGACGGCGUCGUCAUCAAGGUCCUCGAGAGCGAUUCCAAGAAGUACACGCUCACCCUCAAGGACGAGAUCCUGCCAAAGGGGGAAGAUGGCCGCGAGCAGAGCACCAUCAGCUGGGAGUACGACUUCGUCUCCGAGGAACCCGGUGAGGUGAAAAUUCCCUGGGACGACUUCAAGCCUACCUACCGGGGCAAGCCCAAGCCCGACGCCAAGCCGUUGGAUAAGGCCAGCAUCAAGAGGAUCAGCUUCAUGAUGCGAAGCUUCUUCGGGGAGCAAGAGGGAGACUUCAGCUUGACUGUUGAACAUCUGGCCGCCUACAGCGACCGCCCCACGUCACCGGGAUCGGAUGUGUCGUUCGAAAAGGAACAUGUCGUCGCGUCUUCGGGUGCACCUGCUGCGGCCCGCCAGACGUCGUGGUGGAGCUGGAUCUGCGGAUGGGCCAGAUAA